UUCAAUAUUGAUAAUAAUAAUAAUAAUAACAACAACAACAACUUUAUUGUCACUUUGAAAGUACACCAAUUGGCAUACAUCAAAAUGAAAUUUCGUUGCAUACAGCUCUCAAAGGGUCUUCUGAUGCAGAAGAAGUUUAAGAGGUUGUGUCCUCAGCCCAACAGCCUCUGAUGGUUUGGUGAUUGUAACACUUCUCUACAUUUCAGGACUAUCGUAUGAAAAUAUGGGUCGCUAAAGAUUUAAUAUCAAAGGGCCAUCCCUCUGAACUGUAGAUCUUUGGAUGUUGGCGAUAUCCAAAGCCUUGCUGGAUGGCCCUCUGUCCAGCUGUGCCCAAGAGACAGAUGUUGUGUGACUUUUGGACUUAUGAUACAGUGCUGCAAAGGUGGACUGACCACAGCCUUUGACCAUUUUGUUUCUGUCUCCUUCAUCUUGUUUUUAUAAGACAUUUGGGUCAAAGGAAGAUGCAGUGUGUGUUUGUGCUUGUGUCUGUGUAUCCAUUUGUAUUCCCACCAUAAAAAAGCUCCAUUGAUUAGCCAGUAGGAAGCACUUGAGCUAUCUCUUCACUUCAUAAACGUGUCAUAACUUCCCAUUUCUUUAUGGCAUCGCCCCUUUCUUUAUGCUCUGUGACAUCAGAUUUCCUUAGUUCCACUUCCAGAAUCGUUUGCACUGGACCUUCUGAAGAAGAUUUCAAGUGGAUCCUAGAAGGAAGAUGUAGAGAUGAUGCGAGGUCUUCAAUAGCCAAAAGACCACUGGGCUCCAGAGGGAGAGAGAGUCGUGAAAAGGAUCCCAACUCCUUUACGCAGCAAUAUAUUUUGGAGAGAAAAAGAGCCGAGUAGAACUAAGGAUGCUGCAUAUUAUUAUUCUGUCGGCUCAUGUGUCUCCUGAACAUGCGAUUCAGCCCAACACAUUUGUGGUUGGCACCUUCAGAGGCAUUGAAAGGAGCACAAGAGUUGUGCAGAAGGACCAGAAUCCCAUUUGGAAUGAGACUUUGCUGUGGUAUCUGGAUGAGGAGCUUCUGGAUGACAGUUCUUUUGCCACAGUUAAACUCCUUGAAUGGGGCACGAAAAUUCAAAACAGUGAUUUGGGCAAUGCAGAUAUAGCCUUAGGAGGAGCAGCUGAAAAACCAAAUGUUAUGAUUAUGAAGAAGAAUCAAAGUCUGCGGAAUAACAGUCUGCAGCCAACUGGGUGCUCCAUAACUCUAAAAAUCUGCUUCUCACCACCAGAACCUAAAAUGGUGGCACACAGAAGAAAACACGAUUUAAAGAAAUUGAUCUGUUGCCCCGUCUUUGCCAAGGCUUCUGGCAUAGAAGAAUUUACUCUGAAAGAAACUGAGGGGGCCCAAGUGCCAGCUCCAACAUCAACCACCGUGAAAGAGCUUUCCAACAAGAAGCAACUGUUCCAGGUGCGAGUUGUAAUCAUUGAAUGUCGACAACUGCAAGAAAACAAUGUCAAACCAGUGGUGAAAGUAACCAUUGGAGAUUAUACAUUCCGGACAAGAAUCAGACGUGGAAACAAUCCAUAUUAUAAUGAGACCUUCGUCCAAAAUUUCAAUGAGACACCUCUUCGACUUUUUGAUCAGUUUAUUACCAUACAGGUGCUGAACUCUCGAGCUGUCAGAGCAGAUGCUUUCAUUGGUGUCUUCAAGAUUGAAAUGGGGCUUGUAUAUGAUUCUCCAGGUCAUGCUUUGAUUAACAAAUGGUUGAGCCUCUAUGAUCCCGUGAAUCUCAAUGCUGGAUUUAAGGGCUACGUGAAGGUCACCCUCUGUGUCCUGGGAGCUGGGGAUCGUGCACCGGAUUUGGACCAGCCAGCAGAGACUGGUGAUUUAGAAUCCAACCUCCUACAGCUGGCAAGUGUGCCAGCUGCACGCACAGCCUCCCUCCAGCUGUACAUCUACCGAGCAGAAGAUGUUCCACAAACACAAGAUGGCAUGGUGGCACCUUUCACAACAUCACCUGUGGAUCCCUUCAGCAUAUCUGUGGACCCUUCUCUGGAAGUUAACUUUGCAGGGAGAGUGCUAAGGACCAAGAUCAUUUUUGGAGACACCAAUCCUGUGUGGAACCAGGUGCUCUGUUUUCCCAUGCAGUUGCCUUCUAUCUGUGAUCUCAUUAAGUUCACUAUUAUGGAUGGGGCAGAAGAUGGAGAUGGCAUUAUUUUGGGCACAGCCUUCAUCAGCCUUUCCCAGAUCUCUUGCGCAGGAGCUGAAACAAAAAAAGAGACCUCAGGCUUCUUACCUUGCUUUGGUCCCAGCUUUCUCACCUUCUACGGAAGCCAAAAGGAGUUUAUGAAUCCAGCCGAAUCUCCUGAGAAACGCAGGAUUCAGGAGGAAGAAGGGACCACGUAUCGUGGAAGAGUUCUUAUGGAGCUGCGGACUAUCAGGGAACCCAUCCCGGUUCAGAAAAUUGAUGACAUCCCUGAAGAAACUGUUAAAAAGAUGCAGUACUUCUUGCCCCAGUUCCGGUAUGGUCUGUGUGUGGUCUUUUACUCUGCCACCAUGUUGGCUGAUAUCACGGAACAGAUCCAGUUUGAGGUCAGCCUGGGGAACUACGGGAACAAAUUUGAUGAGACCUGCAAACCGUUUGCAUCCACCACUCAGUACUGCCAUGCUGUCUAUGAUGGUAAUUUCUACUAUUACCUACCUUGGUAUGACACUAAACCCAUGGUGACCAUCACUUCAUUUUGGGAGGAUGUUAGCUACCGCGUUGCCUGCGCAAACACCCUCCAGUUCAUUCAUGAGAGGCUGAAAAAGAAUCUGGAUACUCUUAAAACCAUCCGCCUGCCCCAUGACCCACUGGUGGGUGUUGUUUGGAAGAAGCUGCAAAAAGAAUUGGUGGAAGACUGCAAGAAGCCAUUACCAGCCUUGGACAUCCAGAAAGCUGUGACUGUCCUUGAUAAACAGCUGUGGAAACUCCGUGUUCGGGUGCUCCAACAAAUCAGCAAGGCUGCAGAGAAAACCAGCUGGAAAACUCCCUUGCAGAAACUCAUCCCUAAAGUUGAGAGUUGGCUGAAUCAGAUUACCUCAAUUGCAACUGAGACUCAAAUAAGUAUCCCAGAUGUGGUGAUCUGGAUGCUGUGGGAUGACCGGCGUGUGGCCUACACCCGCGUGAAGUCUCAGUCGAUCAUGUUCUCCAAAGACGGCCCCUACGCCAAAGGCAGGCUGUGUGGCAAAACACACACCCUCUUCCUAAAGGAUAUGCAAAGCAAAACGAAUUACAGCCCCAUCCCGGCUGUGCUCCGGGUUCGAAUGUGGAUGGGGCGGAUGGCCGACUGCACGGACUUCAUGAGGUGCUGCGAAGGGAGGAUCGCCGUCUACGCGGAAACAUAUGAAAACCAAAAGAAAACACACGGAAUAUGGGGAGUCAUGGAUCUUAUGCCGCACCCCAACUUUUCAGAUGUGACUGGACAGGUCAGCCUCCCCAAAGACAAGUUCCAGCUACCCACAGGUUGGCAAUGGGGAGGCGAGUGGGCUGUGGAACCCCAAAGGAGGCUCUUGUUGGACAAAGAGACCAAUUAUUCUGAAGUGAUGCAGGAAGUUUAUGAGAACCAGAGUCGACAACCUGGCCGUCGAUGGAAACCAGCCAGGAUCCCUUACAGCAAUGCGAGCGGUGCCCCUACUCCCCAGAAAGAAGACAUCUUGUGUCCUCCUGGAUGGAUCUUUGUGGAAGAAUGGAAAGUGGAAGUGAACAGAGCCGUGGACGAUGCUGGGUGGGAGUAUGGCAUUGUCAUCCCACCAGCUGAGUUUCCUCACUCCUGGAAUGCAGCUGAGAAGACCUACCACACGCACCGGAGGCGACGCUGGCUGAGGAAGCGUUUCCGGAACCUCGGCAGGGAGACCCGGGAAAAUCAAAUGGCUGCCUUUCUCCAACUGCACUCAGACGUUAAAGUGAAAGAGGAUGUCUGGGAAUACGCUCCGCUCUAUGGCUGGAGAUUCCACCUCCAGAGGCAGCCAGAUGAUGUUUUUCGGCGACGCUGUUGGCGUAGGAAACUUGCUCCUGUGGCACCCAGCUUGGUGGCACCCAUUUUCUACUUGGAAGGCUCCUUGGGAGUAGAGGUUGGUGGCCAACAGAAAAAGAAAAAACCUGAAGCAGGAAGGAAAGAUGAAAAAGAGGAGACUGAAUUAGAACCAACUGCUUCACAAGGUCUCUUGAAGAUGAAUACUCCUCUUCUCUUCUGCGUCUUCAAGAGUCCAGUGUAUUUCCAGUUGCGCUGCUACAUGUACCAAGCUAGGGACCUCCUGGGAAGCAUUGUGAAAGGGACUGCAGAUCCUGUGGCUCAUAUCUCUUUCCUUCAUAUGAGCCACUGCACCCACAUUAUCAAUGGUACGCUGCACCCUUGCUGGGACGAGACCCUUCUCUUUGAAGAUGUUUUGAUUUAUGGAGAACCUCAAGGGACUGCACAGGACCCCCCCAUUGUGGCUGUGGAGAUCUUUGACUAUGAUUCAAGUGCCAGGUCCAAUGAUUUUAUGGGAAGAUGCACCUGUAUUCCAUCUGUGUGCUUGGACCUCAACUUACGAAUGAUACCCCGUCUCCAGAAGUAUUCUAUCACCAACAACGAAGAGGAGAAUGGUUAUCUCAUGGCCGCUUUUGAGCUUCUCUUGGACAGGAAGGACGGAUCCAUGGGGAAACAUCCACCUCCCACUUGGAAAGAUGGCGUUUAUACAAUCCCCAAAGGAAUCCGGCCCAUCUUGCGGCUGAUGGCUGUGGAGAUUCUUGCCUGGGGUCUUCGAGACAUGAAGAAUUACAAUCUGAUGGUUGUCAACAAUCCUAGUCUCAUCAUAGAGUGCGGAGGAGAGUCCAUUCAGACGACAACCAUCAGGAACUUCCAAGAGUACCCCAAUUUUUCAAUUAACAUCUAUCUCAUGAAAGUGUACCUGCCUGUUGAUGAAGAUUAUUCCCCUCCCAUUGAGCUGAAGGUGAUUGAUCACCGAGAUUUUGGAUUUAAGCCAGUGGUGGGACAAGCAACAGUCAGAUCUCUGAGUCAAUAUUACUGCAAUCCGCUGGAAGAAAGCAAAGCCCACAACCUACCACCCCGAGUCACUAAAAAGGUGAAGACUAAAAAGAGACUGAACAACUUUAAAUUAUGGUCAUGGAGGAAAUCAAAAGAAAAGAAGAUAGAUGAGGAGGAGGAAGAAGAAGAAGAAGAAGAAAUUGAUUGGUGGAGCAAGUACUAUGCAACAAUGGGAGAUUUAUCAAAGAGUGGGCAUUACCUGGAAAAGGGCUACGAUAGCAUAAAGAUCUAUAACUGUGAGCUGGAAGAAGUUCCUGAAUUCCACGGUUUCCAGGAUUUCUGUCAGACUUUUCAGCUAUACCGAGGAAAAGUCCAAGAUGAUGACCCUGUUGUGGGGGGAGAAUUUAAGGGCCUUUUCCGGAUUUAUCCUUUGCCAGAAGACCCCAGAAUUCUGCCUCCACCACGUCAGUUCCAGGAGCUUCCUGCCAAUGUCUCCAUGGACUGUCUGGUUCGCGUUUAUAUUAUCCGAGCUUUUAAUCUCCAGCCAAAAGACCUCAAUGGAUUGUGUGAUCCCUACGUCAAGAUCAAACUAGGAAAAGAAAGAAUGGAUGACCGAGAAGAAUAUAUACCCAACACCCUGGAUCCUGUGUUUGGAAGAACAUAUGAACUUACAUGCACCAUCCCAUUAGAAAAGGACCUGAAGAUCUCCUUAUUUGAUUUUGAUCUAUUUUCACCUGAUGACCCAAUUGGGGACACCACCAUAGACCUGGAGGACCGACUCAUGUCUCAUUAUGGGGCCAACUGUGGGCUACCACAGACUUACUGUGUGGCUGGUCCCACACAGUGGAGAGAUCAGCUUCUUCCAAGUGAACUCUUGGAAAAUCACACUCAGGCCAAAAACCUGCCUCAGACAGAGAUAAGUGAAGAUGGAAGCAAAGCCAUUUUCAUGGGUAGAACUUAUCUGCUCUCUGACUUUGAGACCAAAUUGCCUUCGCAUGGAUAUCUGGGACCUGCCAAAGAGCGUAUGGCCCUCCACCUUCUCCGGACAUGUGGAUUGGUCUCUGAACACAUAGAAACUCGCACUCUGUACGACCCAGCUCUACCUGGAAUUGACCAAGGUAAACUGCAAAUGUGGGUGGACAUCUUCCCACUUUACUUGGGUGACCCAGGACCUCCGUUUGACAUCAUCCCACGAAAGACCAGAAAAUAUGAACUUCGUUGUAUAAUUUGGAACACCAAAGACGUAGAUCUAGAAGAUACCAAUAUUUUUGGAGACAAGAUGAGCGACAUCUACGUUAAAGGAUGGCUGGAUGGCCUGGAGGAAGACAAGCAAAGAACAGAUGUCCAUUAUAGGUCCUUGGCAGGAGAAGGCAACUUCAACUGGCGAUUCAUAUUUACUCUGGAUUAUUUGCCCAUGGAGCAAGUUUGUGUCCUCACUAAGAAGCAACAUUUUUGGAGUCUGGAUGAGACCAUGCAGAAAGUACCUCCAAAACUGAUCAUCCAGGUCUGGGAUAAUGAUAAAUUCUCAGCUGAUGAUUUCAUAGGCAAUCUGGAAAUAAACUUGACCAGCAUCCCACGACCGGCCAAGCGGCCUCGUGAUUGCACUUUGAAAGUCCUGCAGGACAGCAGCGCUGCUGGCUCUCCCAGCCCUUUUCGCCGACGCAAACAAAAGUGCAUCUCCCUGUUCACCCAGAGGAACAUGAGGGGCUGGUGGCCUUGCAUCGUCUUCGAGAAAGAUAAGCCACGAGUGUCUGGUAAGAUUGAAAUGAGUCUGGAGUUGCUGACUGAUCUUGAGGCUGAAGAAAUGCCAGCUGGGAGAGGAAGAGAAGAGCCCAACACAAACCCCUUUCUGAAGCCACCAGAGAGACCGGAGACCUCUUUCCUAUGGUUCACAGCCCCCUUAAAGAGCAUCCAUUUUAUUAUAUGGCAGAAGAGUAAAUGGAAGAUCCUGAUUUUCAUUUGCAUCCUGCUGGUGAUCUGGCUAUUUGUAGAUUUCAUCUACGCAGCUCCAGGUUAUCUGGCCAUGAAGUUAGUCAAUCCAAUGAAAUCCCAGGGUCCAUCUUGGUUCAAGCAGUCUUCGAAGAAUAAUAUUAACACAAGCUUUCAAAUAACAUGGACAACCUCAGAAAUAAUGCAGACAAUUUCAAAGCUGUCAUUGCCAUCAGCAUCUCCCAAGAGAGGAUCAUCAGCAUCUCCCAAGAGAGGAUCAUCAGCAUCUCCCAAGAGAGGAUCAUCAGCAUCUCCCAAGAGAGGACCACCAGCAGCUCCCAAGAGAGGACCACCAGCAGCUCCCAAGAGAGGACCAUCAGCAGCUCCCAAGAAGGGACCAUCAGCCCCAAGAAAGGACCACCAGCACUCCCACGAGAGGACCAUCAGCAGCUCCCAAGAGAGGACCAUCAGCAGCUCCCAAGAGAGGACCAUCAGCAGCUCCCAAGAGAGGACCAUCAGCAGCUCCCAAGAGAGGACCAUCAGCAGCUCCCAAGAGAGGACCAUCAGCAGCUCCCACGAGAGGACCAUCAGCAGCUCCCAAGAGAGGACCAUCAGCAGCUCCCAAGAGAGGACCAUCAGCAGCUCCCAAGAGAGGACCAUCAGCAGCUCCCAAGAGAGGACCACCAGCAGUUCCCAAGAAAGGACCACCAGCAGCUCCCAAGAGAGGACCAUCAGCAGUUCCCAAGAAGGGACCAUCAGCAGUUCCCAAGAAAGGACCACCAGCAGCUCCCAAGAAAGGACCACCAGCAGCUCCCAAGAAAAAGCCUCCAGCAGUUCCGAAGAAAGUUCAAAGCCAACUCCUGCCAACAACAGCUCUCAAGAAAAUGUCAUCAGCAACUUCAAGUAA